CUAAAGACCGAGCCGUUCAUGUUACCGGGUCAUACUCCGGUUCGGUUCUGACAACAUUGGUAAUUAGUAUAAUCUAUCUGGAGAACUUUGUGAUUUUUGGAGAUUUUCCCCCUUCAUCGAAUGCCCACUUCUGGUAGAAUGCCAAAGCCUAUUUGUUCUUUGUUGUGGACGUAGUUUCCCCUGAAAUCAUUCGUGGGCUUUUCUGCGUUGCUGUGAAUUUUCUUCUCUGUGGGUUGCUAGCGAGGUACCAAUUUUGAAUUCCAUCAGGUUCCUAGAUGCUAAAUAUGAUAAUGUUUGUGUCUUUUUCCUACUUUGAAUGUGAGCACUGCUUCCCCCAUUGAUUCUGUUGUGAAUUUUUGUGUCUUCUCUGUGUGAUAUUUGAAGUUACAGUGUUGCUAAGGGUCUGUGUGCCCACUUUUCUUAGUUACAUUGAAAGGUAUUUGGCGAAACUUGAACAAUCAGUUUAAAAUGCACAAGGUCCUGUAAUAAAAAUAUAAUUGGGACAGACAUAGUUGGCCAAAAGAGUGGAUCAGUUGUGAUAAUAGUAAUGCAUCUGUAAAGAUAUUCUUUUGUCUUUGUUGGUGCGUCAUGUGUCCGGAGAAGUACCUUUGAUAUUUGGGAUUUCCUAGGACACAGAAAGUCUGAAAUGCAAUGUUUAUUUUGAGCAUUACAUUAUCACUUUCAGGACCAGUAUGAAACUAUCAGUGUUUCGCAGUCUGAAUCUCCUUAGUCCCUUACUGUUUUAUUCAACAUUAGCUCCCAAGAUUUCAAGUACAGAUAGAGUUGUUAGUGCUUAUGCUCGUACUGCGAAAUCAAACUGGUGUAUCACGAAGUUAAGUAGGGAAGGGAAGCUAAAUGAAGCACGUGAAGUUUUUUAUCAAAUGCAUAACAGAGAUGUAAUAACAUGGACGUUAGUGAUUAGUGGAUAUAUCAAAUCUGGAUGGAUUGAGGAGGCAAUAAGGCUUUUUGAUAGAGAUGAUGCGAUAAAGGACGUGGUCACAUGGACUGCAAUGGUUAAUGGGUAUUUGAAACUGAAUCUCAAGUUAGAGGCAGAGAAAUUGUUCAUGGCAAUGCCAUCAAAGAAAGUUAUUGCAUGGAACACCAUGAUUGGUGGGUAUAUGCAUGUUGGUGAAAUAGAUAAAGGGCUUGAUUUAUUCAUGAAAAUGCCCAAGAGAAAUGUGGUUUCAUGGAAUUUGGUUAUAACUGCAUUGCCAGAAUAUAGGAGGGUGGAGGAGGCAAAAAUAUUAUUUGAAAAAAUUCCUCAGAAGGAUGUGGUUUCAUGGACAAUAAUGGUGGCUGGUUUGGCAAAGAAUGAGAGAAUUGAUGAGGCCAGGGAGUUAUUUGAAAGAAUGCCAAAGAGAAAUGUGGUGACAUGGAAUGCAAUGAUCGCAGGAUAUGCAAAGAAUAUGAGAUUAGAUGAGGCUUUUGUAUUAUUUGAAAUGAUGCCUGCUAAAGAUAUAGCCUCAUGGAACACAAUGAUCACAGGUUUUAUUCAAAAUGGUGAGUUGGAGAGGGCAAGGAAGUUGUUUGUUGAGAUGCCUGAAAAGAAUGUGGUUUCAUGGACAGCAUUGAUUACGGGAUAUGUCCAAUUGGAGGAAAGUGAAUCCGCAUUGAUAAUCUUCGUGGAAAUGAUAAGAGAUGGUAAUGUAAAGCCCAACGAGGUGAACUUUUGUUAACAUUUUGAGUGCAUGUAGUGACCUAGCCGGUCUUAGUGAGGGACAACAAGUUCACCAAAUAAUUAUUAAAAGUAUCUUGCAGCAUAGGGCAUUUGUUGUGUCAGCAUUGAUAAAUAUGUACUCAAAGUGCGGGGAACUGGGUAUUUCUCGGAAAAUAUUUGAUGAUACAGCAGUUAAUAAGCGGGAUUUGAUUUCUUGGAAUUGUAUGAUUGCUGCCUAUGCUCACCACGGAUAUGGAAGGGAAGCGAUUGUAUUGUUCGAUCGAAUGCAAAAAUCUGGGUUUAAGCCUAAUGAUGUUAGCUAUGUUGCGUUACUUUCUGCAUGUGUGCAUACUGGAUUAGUGGAGCAAGGUCUGAAGUACUUUCAGGAGCUUCUCAGUGACAGGUCAAUACAAGUAAGAGAGGAACAUCAUACAUGUUUAGUUGAUCUAUGUGGUCGGGCUGGAAGGUUGGAGGAGGCGUAUGAUUUUGUCAGGAAACUCGGUGCUAAGGAGUCAUCUUCAAUAUGGGGAUCUCUGCUUGCAUCAUGUACUAUCCAUGGGGAUCUGAGGAUAGGAAGGCUGGUUGCUGAAAGGCUUUUAGUUGAGGGGCCAAAGAAUGCCGGCUCAUUUUGCUUCUGUUGGUAAAUGGAAAGAAGUUGAACGAUUGAGAUUGGAAGUGAAAGAUAAAAGCCUUAAAAAGCAGCCUGGAUGUAGUUGGUUGGAAGUUGGGAAUAAGGUCAAUGUGUUUGUAGUUGGUGACAAGCUUAGUUCAGUCUAAGUCACUGCAUUCUUUACUCUAUGAUCUUCAUGAGAAAAUAAAGAAGAAAGGUCACAUACUAAAUGCUAGUUUCUUGGAGACAGAUGGUUUGUAUGCAAUAAUUCCUUGAAGCAUUUUCCAUUGUGUUUGGGAAUCAGUAAUCACUUGGAAGCCAUGUGCUGAGAGUUAUAGUUAAUCCACUUAACUUUUCCUUGUUUCCCCCUUCAGUUACGUAUCUUUAUAUAGACAACAAGAAGUUUUACUUGUGAUUGGGAUGUAACCUUGGGCUUGGUAAAUUGAAUUUCUGACAUGGUGGUUAAUACUGAUUUUUAUUUGUGCUUGUUAUAUUGUUUAUGGGAAAAUGGUUUCACCUGCCAUCACCAUCAUGCUGUUGUUUAGUUGCUUGUUUGAGCUCAAUGUUAUUUUCAAGUUUUAUGAUGAGUACUAUCUUUCCCUCUUGUUUCAUGCUUGUUUCAGUUAAGCUCCCUUCUUAAUGACAGUUGCUAAACAAGUUGUUCUUUGGGUAAGCAAUCCUUACCUUCUUUUUUUUAUCUUUGGGUGCAGGGAUAAUACAAAGUUCUACUGGGUAAUUGGUUUGUUUCACCAAAGAAAGAGACGAGGUGAAGAUGGAUGAUUGGGGUAUGUGUUUCUACCUCACAUUCCAGUACUUAGUGUUUAUCUGGGUUGGCGCGUCUGAUUUAGCUGAAAAACUCUGUAUUAAAGCCUUCGUUAAUGUGGAAAUCUGAUAAGAGAUUUUACUAUAAUGUACCAUCAAAGCAUGACCGUGCACUUGGUUCCAUUCGUGUCCCUGGCAACUGUUGAUGAAUUAUAGUGGUUUUAUAUGGAGUUCUAUAACUCAACUUAAAUAAUAUUUCAAAUCGAAUUGUUACUUACUAGAAAUGCUGCAUGACGAAGAUGCUCGAAGUUCCUAUUGUGACAUGACUAAGCCUGGCAAUCCGCUGAACCUUGAUACAUUUUCUUAUUGUUUGCAUUGUAGAGGAUGAGCAAAUUCAACCUGUUCUGUUGAAGGAGCAACCUAAAAGCAAAUGGGAUGAUGAAGAUGUGGAUGAAGAUGAGAUAAAGGAAUCAUGGGAAGAUGAAGAUGAAUUACCCACGGUAUGAUUAAUGGUCUUACUAUGAUCUUAAGCAUCUAAUCUGGAUAUUCAUGCAUUGCGAUGUUUCUUUUGAACAUGCUGAAAAAUGUUUAGUUACCACCGAAACAUACACAAAGCAGCAAACAGAGCACAAGAUUCAAUGUUACUAACCUUAAACAUAAGCUUAAGUAGUUGCCUGGCAUCAUACCAAAUAACAAUCCGAUACCAAAUAUUUACUAAAGCUCAAUAACUGGACUUUAAAUAUUUACUUAAGCAGUUGCCUAGCAUCAAAGCAAAUAAGCAGUUGCCUGGCAUCCUACCUUGGUAGCUAUGCCACUAAUAUUAAUACUGUUUGGUGUCACUUAAAGUUUUGACUUUUUAUGUAACUCAAUGGUGCUCUCUAUCAGGUGCCUGUAUCAAAACCUGUGCCAGAAAAGGUCCCCAAGAAGCCUGUGGCAAAGUCUACAAAAGAAAAAACUGUGGAACCAGCAAAGGAAGAGCCACCACUAGACCCCGUAGCAGAAAAGCUUCGCCAGCAAAGGUAUUAGACUUUGUUUUCCAAGUUGAACUUUAACUUAUAAAAUUUAAAGAUUGAC